UUUCCUGCGCCACGAUGUAGCGAAUCCCACGCUCCAUUAUAGCAAGACUGAGAUUUUUCGAGUUCAAAGUCUAGUAUAAAGCUCAAAAUCUCUCACUAACUGCUAAUCGUGCCUUAUUUCCCACUCUCUUCGAUCAAAGUUUCAUAAUCCGAAGGCGAAGAGGCAAAAGAUUUAUGGCUCCUCCUGCAAAGCCAAUAACGAGUCCAGUCUCAGAUGCAUGGUACCCAACCCUAGCCCUCUUAAUGCUCUCCAUUGGUCUUGUCGUCACCGCUUCCUUUUUCAUCUACGAAGCAACUUCUUUGAAGAGAAAUCGAUGUCUUGCCAAGGAGCUCAUCACUGGCGGAGUGGCAUCAGUCUUCCUGGGCUUCGGGUCAUUGUUUUUGCUACUUUCAGCUGGUGUUUAUGUCUGAUUUCCGAAAUCGUUCAACCGGCUCACAGAGUUUUGCUAAGAAAAAGAUUGGUGUCUGGUUUUCUUGCAUUUUUGUUGUUUAUCAGAUCAGGAAAGCUUCUUUGAUAAACUUUUUGAUGUCACUUGAGUGGUUUUAUUGGUACAUGCUUGAAUUUGUAUAUUCAUGUCAUAAGCAUAUUUCAUUCAUGUUACAUGCACGGAUUAGGAUCUAAAUUGUUACCAGAAUCUUAAUUAUUCGAAUUUA